AUGAACGGCAACAAGCGCGAGCUCAAAACGAGCUUCCGAGCAUCACCAACUUCGAUUCGGCCGCUGUACACCGGUGGCCCGGUGCUGUUGACGCGCGAUGGCGAGUGGCUCAUCUCUACCAUGGGCGAGGAGGUGCUUGUGACUGAGGUCCGGACAGGACGGGGAGUCGCCAAAGUCAAAGGAUCGAAUACGAUCCGCUACUACCCGCUACCCGAAGAGGUUGAGGCGAAGCCGAUAACGCUUCAGUACGUGCGCGCUCUGCCGAAGGCUUCGAACGCUCCGAUCCUUGUCUCCGCCGUGUCUCCCGACAAUGCGCUCCUGGCUACGGGAUCGAGUGAUGGUGUCGUCAAGGUCUGGGAUCUGGCCGGCGGCUACGUCACGCACAUCUUCCGCGGACACGGUGGCCCCGUGUCAGCGCUCUACUUCUCGUUCCCAGAAAGUGAGGGACAGCAGCGCAUGGAGCUCUGGACCGGCAGCGUAGACACGAAGGUGCGCGUGUUCGACCUGCGGGAUGCUUCGGCGCGCGCUAGCGGAACAGGCAAGGCGAAGGCGACGCUCGACGGGCACGUGAGCACUGUGCGCGGUAUUGCCGUCAGCGCCGACGGCAAGAUCGCCAUCACCGGUGGACGAGACAAGGUCGUGCUUGUUUGGGACAUGCGGAAGAAGCCGAACGUUAUUGAGACGAUUCUCGUCAAUGAGCAGGUCGAGGCGUGCGGUCUCCUCGACCAGGAGGAGGGCGGGCGGCUCAUCACCUACACUGCUGGAGACGGGGGCAACGUCAAGCUGUGGGACACCCUGAAGGCGACCGAGGUUGGCGUCAUGAAGGGUGUCGAGGGUGUGGACGAGGUCGUUGGCGAGGAGGACGAGCAGCAGGGCGUCGUUUCGGUGCUCUACGACCGAUCUUCCGGCAGCCUGGUUAGCGUGCACGCGGACCAGAACAUCAUCUUCCACUCCAUCGCGACUCGUGCAACGACGCGCCAGAUUGUCGGAUUCAAUGACGACAUUGUCGAUGCGGCCUACCUGACCACUGAUGAGGGAGAGGCCACGCACCUCGCGCUUGCGACCAACUCGGCUCUCGUGAGGAUAUACUCGACUGCGACGUUCGACGCCCGCCUUCUCUCGGGACACCGGGACAUGGUGUUAUGUCUCGACAAGUCGGCUGAUGGACGAUGGCUGGUCACGGGUUCGAAGGACCGGACGGCGCGCGUGUGGGCGCCACGCGAGGGAGGAUGGCACUGUGUCGCCGUAUGCGAGGGUCACGCCGAGGCGGUCGGCGCGUUGGCGAUGUCGCGCAAGGGCGCUCCGUUCCUGUUCACGGCGUCGCAGGACCGUACCGUAAAGAUGUGGGAUCUGUCCGGCGUGACAGGGGACGAGGAGGAGCCCGUGCUCGCGCGCUCAAUGGCCACGCUCCACGUCGCAGACAAGGACAUAAACUCGCUCGACCUUGCGCCGAACGACCGUUUCCUCGCCUCUGGAUCGCAGGACAAGCUCGUCAAGCUCUUCGAGGUCGACCCCGCCGGCUCAGUCCGGCACAUCGGCACGUGCAAGGGCCACCGCCGAGGUGUUUGGAGCGUGCGUUUCUCGCGAACGGACCGUAUCGUCGCUUCCGGCGCUGCGGACAGGACGAUCAAGCUCUGGAGCCUGGACGACUUCACGUGUCUCAAGACGUUUGAGGGACACACGAACUCCGUCCUCCGCGUCGACUUCAUGACGCAGGGCAUGCAGCUCGUUUCGGCCGCCGGUGACGGUCUCGUCAAGAUCUGGAACAUUAAGGACGAGGAGUGCGCGGCGACGCUGGACAACCACGAGGACAAGGUGUGGGCGCUUGCCAUCAGCCCGGACGAGUCGACAAUCGUUUCGGCGGGAAGCGACUCGGUCGCGACGUUCUGGGAGGACUCGACCGAGGCCGAGCAGGCCGAGAAGAACGAGGCCCUUAUUGCCCAGGUCCAGUCCGAGCAGGACUUCAAUAACUACGUCGCCGUCAAGGACUACCGACGUGCCAUCCUGCUUGCGCUGGCGAUGAGCCAGCCCGGCCGUCUUCUGCACCUGUUCCGCACCGUCCUGCUUGGCGCCGAGAACACCGAGAGGGAGCUUGGCGACGACGACGGCUGCGGCGUGCCCGAGAUUGACCAGGUGAUCCGGACGCUGCCGUCGCUCGACCUCGUGCGUCUCCUCAAGCAUGUGCGUGAUUGGAACGCGUCGGCGAAGACGAGUCCCGUCGCGCAGGCGCUCCUCCACGCCAUCUUCAGGCUCAAGACGCCCGAUGAAAUCAUGGCCGCGUUCGAGGCUGCGACCAAGCCGGAGAAGAAGGACGAGGACGAGGAUGAGGACAUGGACGACGAGGACCCCGACGCCGAGGUCAAGCAGAAGGCUAAGAAGGCCACGGCGCCCACUAUCUCCAUGCGUGAGCUCCUUGACGGCCUCAUCCCGUACUCGGAGCGCCACAUGGGCCGUGUCGACCGCCUCGUCCAAGAGAGCUACCUCCUCGACUACACUAUCAGUGAGAUGGACGGGGGUCUGUUCGGAAACGAGGUCAUGGAGGUGGAGUAG